AUGAAAACUCUCCUUCUCCUGGCUGCACUUUGCAUCGGAGCUUAUGCUCAAUUCUCUUCCAAUGGACAAACUGCUAUCGUUAAUGUCCACAAUACUCUUCGAUCAUCGAUUGCCAAGGGCACGUACGUGGCAAAGGGAACUAAAAAGGCAGCUGGAAGCAACAUGCUCAAAAUGAAAUGGGACGCGACUAUUGCCACUUCAGCACAAACCUAUGCUAACUCGUGCCCAUCUGGACACUCUGGAGCAGCAGGACUUGGAGAGAAUCUUUAUUAUUAUUGGACCACUGGAACUGUUUCGAAUCUUGAUUCAUUCGGAGCAACUGCUUCAGCUGCAUGGGAGAAAGAAUUCCAAGAUUUCGGAUGGCAGACUAAUCUUCUCGAUUUGACUUUGUUCAAGACUGGAAUUGGGCAUGCCACUCAAAUGGCUUGGGCUAAGACAAACUUGAUUGGAUGCGGAGUUAAGAAUUGUGGACCUGAUGCAUCUAAGAGAGGAAUGACUAGAGUUAUCGUUGUUUGUCAAUACAAACCACAAGGAAACUUCUUGAACCAGAACAUCUACACAUCUGGAGCCACUUGUUCUGCAUGUCCAACUGGAACUAAAUGCGAGACUGCUACUGGACUCUGCGCUUAA